UACGAAUGUGCAUUGACUACCGCGCCUUGAACCGGGUUACCAUCAAGUCUCGCUAUCCUAUUCCGCGUGCCGACGAACUCAUCGACCAACUUCGUGGGGCAAAGUUCUUUUCGAAAAUUGACCUGCGAGGCGGUUACCUCCAGAUCCGUGUCAACGAAGCUGACUGCUACAAGACGGCGUUCCCAACCCGAUACGGGAGUUACGAGUACACGGUCAUGCCUUUUGGCUUAACCAACGCGCCUUCAACAUUCCAGUUAACCAUGAACGAAAUUUUUCGGCCGCUGCUGGAUAAAUGCGCCAUUGUGUACCUCGACGAUAUCCUGAUAUACAGCACUACCCGGGAAGCACAUUUGAAGGAUUUGGAAGCAGUCUUCACUCUCCUGCAGCAGCAUCGACUCAUCACCAAGGGUUCUAAGUGCGAGUUUCUAAAACAAGAACUGGAGUUUUUGGGACACGUUAUUUCCAUCGACGGUGUUAAAAUCGACCCGAAACAAAUCGCGACCAUACAAGACUGGAAGCCGCCGGCUAAUCUCCGCGAACUUCAAAGUUUCCUGGGGUUUGCAAGUUUUAUGAGUGGGGGGGGAGAGCAGCAGGCUGCGUUCGACCAACUCAAACUUUUCCUGACAAUACCUCCGGUUCUUCGCAUUGCAGAUCCUCACCGUCCGUUCGAACUCAUCACCGACGCUAGCGACCUGGCUGUUGGCGCAGUACUGUUACAGGACUUCGGCGAAGGCCUUCAACCCAUCGCCUACGAGUCACGAAAGCUGAAUCCGGCCGAGCGAAAUUAUCCCGUCCACGACAAGGAGUUACUCGCCAUCGUUCAUGCGUUCAAGGUUUGGCGCUGCUACCUGACGGGCGCUGAUGUGACAGUCCGAACAGACCACAAAUCGCUACAGUUCAUCCGCGCCCAACCGACACUCAACCCCCGACAGAUUCGCUGGCUCGAUUAUCUCAAGUCGAAUUUCCACUACAGAGUCACCUACAAACGAGGGGCCAGCAACAUCGCCGACGCACUGACCCGCCCUUCAGUACAUACCACCGCUGUCCUAAUCACCCAAACCAAUCCUCUGCUAACUGGACUAUUUACCCACGGAUACAGUACCGACCCAUUCUUCAUGACUAACAGUCAUCCCCAACUGACCGUCAAGCAGGGGGCUUAUUACAUAAAAUCCGGUACCAAUCGGUUUUGGGUUCCCGCUUGCCGUACCCUACGCGAGCUACUGAUACAGGAAGCACACGACUCGAAUUUCUCGGGUCACUACGGCAUCGACAAAAUUGCCAAAUUACUGAGCCGUAAUUAUUACUGGCCCGAUUUGCUGACGGACGUGCAGCAGUACGUCACCUCCUGCGCCACGUGUCAACGCAUGAAGCUGUCACGACUUCGACCUGCGGGAUUAAUGCAGCCGCUCGAGCCACCCAGCCGACCGUGGCAACAAGUGACGAUGGAUUUCGUCACUGGCCUGCCAGCUGGUCCAAGCGGUAAUGACGCGAUUCUCGUCGUCGUUGACCGUUUGACCAAAAUGGCACACUUCGCCGCCUGCAAGACGACAAUUACUGCCGAGCAGACAGCGAAGCUGUUUCUCACGAACAUCGUGCGGCUACACGGAAUCCCUUCGGCAAUCAUCAGCGAUCGCGACCCUCGGUUCACAUCCAAUUUCUGGACAAAAACCUGGCAGCAGUACGGCACACGUCUGCAUCUGUCCACAGCAUACCACCCGCAAUCGGACGGCCAGACUGAGCGCACCAAUCAGACGAUGGAGCAGCUGAUUCGUACAACGUGCACAGACCCGGCCCAGUGGGAAGAUUCUCUUCCACUGAUCGAGUUUGCGUACAACAACGCCCCAUCAGCCACGACUACUCAGUCCCCGUUCUUCCUUAAUUACGGGAUAGACCCGACAACCCCUCUAUCGCCACCGAUCGAAAAUCCGGCACCCAGAUCGCAGCAGUUCGUCGAAAACCUCCGACAGUCACAGCAUAAAGCCGCCGAUGCCAUUCUCAAAGCCAACCAACGGGCUAAGCAGCAAGCUGACCGACGACGCCGUGACUUAAACCUUGCCCCUGGGCAAUUGGUCCUGCUCGACACUCGAAAUUUGGGGAUUCCCCUCCCAAAUAAUCUACGACCAAGAUUUUGCGGCCCAUUCCGCAUAAUCCGCAUGUGAACACAAAGUUGUCAGGGACUAU